AUGCCGCUUCAUCUUCUCGGCAAAAAGUCAUGGAACGUCUACAACACCGAGAAUGUUGCCCGCGUCAAGCGCGACGAGGCCCAAGCGAAGGCCCUCGAGGAGGAAGAUGAGCGUCGCAUGCAAGAGGUCGAUGCUGAACGGCGAAUCCGAAUAUUGCGCGGACAAAGACCGUCUAAUUCCCCUCCACCGCCACCUGUGCGCUCUUCAUCGGAUGCUUUUAGUCGACCAGAACGAACAUCAGCCGAUGGCAUUGGAAGGUCUCGCAAAAGAAGGCGCGUUGCUGGGGAGGAUGACACAGAUAGAGAUAUCAGAUACGCGCGAGAGGAUGCAGAGCAAGCAAGUUCUAAUCGGGCGCUCGCGCCCCUUCGAAGGAGCAAGAAUUCAGAUGCCCCGAUCUUGGACCGUGACGGUCACAUCAACCUUUUCCCUGCAGAGGAGGGCGGCAAAAAGGCGGAGAAAAACAAAGAGGCCGAAGCUGAGGCUCAGAAAGAAAAACGGAGCUAUGAAGAUCAAUAUACAAUGCGUUUUUCCAAUGCGGCAGGGUUCAAACAGUCAGUCGGUCAACAACCAUGGUAUUCAUCCUCCGCACAGGCAGCGGAAGCCCCGGACACAAGGUCGAAAAAUGUAUGGGGAAAUGAGGAUCCUAUGCGCAAAGAACGCGAGAAAGUCAGGAUGGAUGCCAAUGAUCCACUUGCGGCUAUGAAGCGCGGUGUUCGGCAGUUGAGAGCGACAGAGCAAGAGCGAAAACGUUGGAAUGAAGAGAAACGAAGGGAGCUUGAAGCACUCAAAUCAGAGCAGAGAGGUCCAGAUCGCUCCAGCUAUCAUCGCCGGAGACGCUCAAAAUCUGUUGAUAGCCUCGAGGGAUUCAAGCUCGAUGCACCAGCUGGCAAAGACCGAGACGAGAAAGAGCACUUCAGUUCACGGCAUCAUCGUCACCACCGAGAGCGAAGUCGCAAUAGACAUCGAGACAGUUCGCCUCGACGGUCACAUCACUCAUCGGGUCGCAGUCAUCGUCGACGCGACGAAAGUCAUGGAACUCGGCGUUACUAA